AGCUUUUUUAGACUCUCUUUCUCUCUCCAUUCUUUGCAAAGCAGUGUGUACUACUGCUGAGUGCUGCCAACCACCAUUAAUAAAACGACAAUAGUGUCUGUGAAAAAGCUCUGUAAUUGCUCUCACUCCUUAAAAGCAAAAGAGAAAAACGAAAAGCUGUUUUUACAAAUUUGUCAUUGUUUUGAAGUUUUGACAUAUUUACCAACUCCAUUUUCGUUAAAAGAUUUAUAAUAGGAGUAGGCUAGCUAGUAGUAUUACACUAUCAGUAUAGUGAUACAACCACACAGUACUCUAGUUAGUUAUCCUCGACAAUACCGAUCAUGAUGAUGCUGAUAAUGAGAAUCCUACUUUUCAUGACUGCUCUUGUUCUUCUUCAAAGGGAAGUAGCUGAAGCUUUGGCAGAGAAGCAAGAACAACAAGCUAAUCUCCCUCCAAGAGGUUGGAACUCUUAUGAUUCCUUUUCAUGGAUCAUCUCAGAGGAAGAGUUCUUGCAAAAUGCGGAAAUUGUUUCACAACGGCUACUUACUCACGGAUAUCAGUACGUUGUGGUGGAUUACCUUUGGUAUAGGAGGAAGGUACCUGGUGCCUACACUAAUUCACUGGGGUUUGAUGUAAUCGAUGAAUGGGGAAGGAUGAUUCCUGAUCCAGAAAGAUGGCCUUCUUCCAAAGGUGGUAAAGGAUUCAGUGAAGUUGCCAAGAAAGUUCAUGCUAUGGGUUUGAAGUUUGGAAUUCAUGUUAUGAGAGGAAUAAGUACACAGGCUGUAAAUGCAAACACCCUAAUCUUAGACACAAUCAAGGGAGGUGCCUAUGAGGAGUCUGGUAGAAAUUGGCGGGCGACAGAUAUUGGUCUGAAAGAGAGGACAUGCGCGUGGAUGUCACAGGGUUUUAUGAGUGUGGAUACUAAGCUUGGAGCUGGUAGAGCUUUCUUGAGGUCCCUCUAUCAGCAAUAUGCUGAAUGGGAUGUUGAUUUUGUGAAAAAUGACUGUGUUUUCGGCGAUGAUUUAAACUUAGAUGAGAUAAGGGUUGUUUCAGAGGUUCUAGAGGAGCUCAACCGUCCAAUCUUGUAUUCUCUCUCUCCUGGAACUAGUGUAACACCCACCAUGGCCAAGGAUGUAAGCAACCUUGUGAACAUGUACCGAAUCACAGGAGACGAUUGGGAUAAAUGGGAGGACGUGGCUGCCCAUUUUAACGUAACAAGAGACUUUUCUGCUGCUAAAAUGGUAGGAGCUCAGGGCUUGAAAGGGAAGUCAUGGCCUGACUUGGACAUGCUUCCACUGGGAUGGCUUACCGAUCCAGGUUCAAAUGAAGGUCCACACAGAAUCUCUGCUCUCACCCUUGAUGAGCAAAGAACACAGAUGACUUUGUGGUCUAUGGCCAAGUCUCCUCUCAUGUUUGGAGGAGAUCUGAGGAAGCUUGAUAAAACCACAUAUGAUCUCAUCACUGAACCCACCUUGCUCGAAAUAAAUUCGUUUAGCACAAUUAACGUGCAGUAUCCUUACAUCACUUCAAGUAACGAGCCAGACAUGGUCCUUACAAGGAAAUCUAGAAAUGUAAAGGAAGAGAGAACACUAGAUAACCAUGUUAUGGGUCUCACUAGCUGCAAGGAUGAUAAGACAAAUGGUUGGGUCAUCGAAUCUCUUGAUCAGGGGUUUGACCGUGUUUGCUGGAAGAAAAACACAGGAAGCAAGUAUAAACCACCAUUUUGCUUGUACAAGAGAAAACCAGUCUUGACAACCAAUGAAGAGAUGGUAUACGGACAACAGUAUAAAGGGGGAGCUCAUUUAUUAGCAACAGAUAAAGAGAACUUAUGCUUGGAAGCAUCUCCAAGUCGGAAGCUUACUUCUCAGGAGAUGCAUAGUAGUUCAUUUUCCCCUUGCAAAUGGAAUGCAAACCAGAUGUGGGAGUUAAGCGUUAACGGCUCCCUAGUAAACAGUUAUUCUGGUCUAUGUGCAACACUGAAGAAAGUAAAAGCGAACGUUGACUCCAAAGGAAUUCGCUCUUGGGUUGCUAAAGGAAGAAGAGGAGAAAUCUAUCUCUCUUUUUUCAACCUAACCCCGGAAAAGACAACCGUUUCUGCAAACAUAUCCAAACUGGCUGCGCUAUUUUUUCCUCAGAGGAAGUUUAGUAAAGCUUCAUGCAAGUACAGAGAAAUAUGGAGUAAAAAAGACUUCGGAAUAGCAAAAGAAGAAACAAUCUCAAUGAGCAUAAAUGAACAUGGUUGCGCACUAUUUGUCCUCAACUAUAACUGGUUGUAAUGACCGGAAAAAAAGAUUUUACUUACAGAUAUCUACUGCUAUGAAUGUUUUCUUUUUUCAAUAAAGUGAAGUUUCAUCCAUUCCAUUUCUUUUCAUACUGUACAAAUCUAUAUUUAUUAUGGGCUAGUGACUGAACCAUUUUGACU